GACCAAGGGAACAACUUCUUAAGACUCUCACAAACCAUGGCCGAACACAGCCAUCCUACACAUCUGUCGCCGAGCGAACUCGGCACGAAGGACUACUGGGAAACCUUCUACGCGCGCACGCUGUCGCAUAUCUCUACGAAACAUAACUCAUCAUCUACCACCACCACCACCACGACAACGAAACCCUCCCACAAAGACGCCUCCCCCUCCUCCGGCAAUGAAUCCGACGACGAAGAAGAAGAAGAAGAAGAGGAAAACGAUGAAGUAGACGACGACUCCGACCCCGGCACAAGCUGGUUCUCGGAACACAACGCCCCGGACAAAGUGCUGCGGUUCCUGACGGACGAGUCUUUUCCUCUUGCGCCUUGCAAUACACACCCUACCUCCAACCCCAAUUCCAAUCCCAAUCCCAAUCCCUCCAACGACAACGACAAUAAUGAGAAGAAGGAAGAUACACAGUCACAGCCAUGUAUCCUCGACCUCGGCACCGGAAACGGGAGCAUGCUGGCCCUCCUCCGCAAACGCGGCGGGUAUACAGGUGACAUGGUGGGGGUGGAUUACUCGGCGAGGAGUGUGUUGCUCGCGAGAGAGUUGCAGAGGUUGAGGAUUCAUUCGGCUUAUUUGUCUGAUUCUGAUGAUGACUCCGAAUCUGACUCUGAUGCUGAGGGUCAAGAUCGGGGUGAGGAUGAGAGUAAGGGCGAAGAAAAGAAAGCAGAAGACACCAACAUCCGCUUCGAAGAAUGGGAUAUCCUGCACUCUGAUAACACCACCACCACCACCACCACCUCAAACGAGAAACCGGAUUGGUUCCCCCACGCCAAAGGCGGGUUCGAUAUUGUCCUCGAUAAGGGGACGUUCGAUGCGGUUUCGUUGUCGGAUGAGGUGGUCGAAGAUCAGGGUAAGAGUGGGGAGACGGGGGCGGCAUCCGCGUCAGGGAAGAAGAUCCAGCGACGGGUCUGUGAGCGCUAUCCCGGGAUUGUGAGGGGGUUGGUGCGCAGGGGUGGGUUUGUGGUGGUUACGAGCUGUAAUUGGACCGAGGAGGAGCUGGUUAGUUGGUUCACGAACUCUGAGUCUGGGGAUGGGGAUCAAUCUGGGGAUCGCGGGCUCAAUUAG